AUGACGUCUAUGGCAGGUCGGCUGGCCCGCCAGCAGGAGAGGGACAACGGUGCGGGAACCAACCAGCAGGCGGUGAAGUACCUCCAGCAGGACCAUGAAACGCUGCUUCAGGACUGUCUGGAGACUGGGAGUCUGUUCCAGGACCCCUCCUUCCCUGCAGAGAGCAAGUCUCUGGGCUACAAAGAGCUCGGGAAGUACUCCGCCAAGACCAAGGGGCUGAUGUGGAAGAGACCCACGGUAAGAGACCACUUUUGA